AUGACUUACUGGGAGCUACAGGAGACAGUGCUCUCUGAGUGUGGAGAGCUACAGGAGACAGUGCUCUCUGAGUGUGGAGAGCUACAGGAGACAGUGCUCUCUGAGUGUGGGGAGCUGCAGGAGACAGUGCUCUCUGAGUGUGAGGAGAGCUACAGGAGACAGUGCUCUCUGAGUGUGGGGAGCUACAGGAGACAGUGCUCUCUGAGUAGGCCCCCGGCCCUGGUGCCCUCUCUUCCAGACCUGCAGCGGCUCCUAGUCAGCCUGGGGGACCGGCCUGGGUCCUUCCUGGGCUCCAGAGAGUGGAUCGGAACGGUGGAGGCCGCUCUGGUUCUGGACCUGGGGGUCUGUCAUGGAGGACCAGGUCAGGGGCCCCGGCUGCUGACCCUGGACCCUCAUUACUGUGGCCCCCCUCUGGACCGAGCUGAGCUGCAGAGGGGGGGCUGGGUGAGCUGGACCGAGCUCUCGUCUCUGGACCACAGCUCCUUCUACAACCUGUGCAUGCCCCAGACUGCGCCAUACAUCGCACACUGA